CCGUGCUUUGACUUCGGAAGAGAUACAUCAUCACGUGGCGACUAGUUUUAUUUCUUUCUUCAAACUCAAUCAACCGGACCACCAUAGGGUACGGAGUUUUGCGAGUGAAAAUCAAGCCACAGUCUCUGGGGAACGGUUGUUCGCCACGGGUGGUUCGAUCGAGAAGAACACUAUUUUGCGAUCCACUUAUACUAAUACCACUGAAAUCAGAAAAAAGAAUCAGCCGAUUACCAUGCGGCGAAACACUGUUUUCGCAACGGUGUUAGCUACCGUCCUGAUCCUAGGUAUGGUCGAAGCUCGACCGAAAAAAGUUCAUCAGGGUGUGAAAAAGCGCAGCGUCGAUUUGAACGAGGUCUACUCAAUGAUCGGUCAGUCUCGACUCCCCAAAGAAAUACGUCCCCUCAGUUAUUACCUGGAACUUCAGCCCUUCAUAAAGGAAGGGACGUUCAAAGGCCGCGUAAAAAUCGGCAUAACUUGGGUCGACACGACCGACAGAAUAACUUUGAACGUCCAUCCGAAUCUUCAGAUUUCUCACUCCGACGUCAGGGUCACCCAGCUAGCUCCUUCGAAACCGGAGGAAGCUAAAAACUCUUCGAUCCACGGCGUCAACGUAGCCCGGACGGAACGUCACGCGAAAAGACCAUGGUACAUCAUUCACCUGGAACAAAUGCUGAAAGCAGGUAGCAGUUGCGAGGUGGAUAUAACAUUCUCUGGAAAUAUGACGGUGAACGCGACCGAAGGGCUGUUCAGAAAUCGUUACACGGACUCCAGUGGUCAGCAACACCUCUUCGUGGCUACGUAUUUACGACCAAACCACGCACACAAAUUGUUCCCAUGCUUUGACGAGCCAGCUUAUAAAGCGACCUUUCAACUCAGCGUAACUCGUCCGAAGGGUUACACGGCGCGCUCGAAUACGCGCGUACGAAAAACCGAAGAAGCACCCGGGGACUCCGACACGGUGUGGGACCACUUCGAAGUAACACCGGAAAUGUCUUCGUACCAAUUGGCCCUGGUCAUUUCUGAUUUCGAGAGCAUCAAGCCCUCGAUACCGGUGAAUGAAAAGGACGGAACGAACCUCGACAUAAAUAUCUGGAGUCGAAAGGAGUAUUUGGAAACCUUGAAAGCCGUGCCCGACAAGAUUGUAGCGAUUGUUAAUUACUAUCAGGAGUAUUUCAACUGCUCCAUUAUUUUACCAAAACUGGACAUCAUGGCGAUACCGAUGUACUCGACGUCGAAACCUUCCGACAGUUGGGGACUGAUUUUCUUCAAAGAGAGCGAACUGAGCAACGAUGGCUUCUGGCACAUCGCGCACGAGAUCGUCUUCCAAUGGAUCGGACAGUUGAGAACGCCGUUCUGGUGGAGCGAUGCCCCACUCAACGAAGCCCUGAACUCGUAUCUGACGUCGAUGGCGACUCUGGAGAUAAGUCCCGAUGAGUUGGAAGGCAAAUGGCCGAUGAACGCUCUCUAUUCUCUAUAUUACGAAUUCGGCAAACGGUUCCCUUUUUCAAGGGUGAACGGAAUCAGACAGGAUGCGACCGCAUCCAAGACGGAACUUAUAUUCCGGAUGUUCAACUACACGCUGGGAAAGGACGUCGUUCAACGGAGCGUUAGGAAAUUCAUCAGGGAUCAGUGGGAAGAAAAUUCCAAGACGUUUUUCGCCGAUGAUAUUUUCACGUACUUGAACAACGCCGCUAACGAAUCGGGGAAACUCAUGGAGGGACUAACGUUGAACGAUAUCGCUGCAACUUGGAUCACCAGAGAUAGGCUACCCCUUGUUACCGUUACUCGUGACUACGAAACAGGAAACGUAACUUUCAGUCAGGAAGUUUACUUGAGAGACAGACCUCAGGACCCGGUCGAAAGAGGAAAAUAUUCUUGGGAUAUCCCGAUCGUCAUGGUCACUCAGGAUAAACUUGACUUUAGUGAAACUACGCCAAAGCUCUGGCUGUCCAAGGACGGAGACAGGCAGGUCACGAUAAAGGACGUCACGAAGGAGGACAGCUUCAUCAUCGUUAAUCCUGAGGAAAUAGGAAUGUUCCCCGUUAAUUACGAUUCCUGCAACUGGAAGAUGCUGGCGGAAUUUCUGCAGGGACCAGAGCGCGAAAAAAUUCCGGUACUCAGCAGGGCAAAAUUGCUUCACGAUGCCUGGAACCUCGCCUACGCCGGUGAUCUCUGCGCGGCAGUUGCUCUGAACAUGACGCUCUUUAUGAAAAAUGAAAAGAGUCACGUGGUUUGGGAGCCGGUAUUCGCCAUGAUAUAUCACAUCGGAAGACAAAUCGAAGGCAGCUACGUCUAUCUGAAGUUUGAGGCGUACGUAAGGACCCUUUUGAAACCAAUUUACCAGAUCGUCGGUGAAACGCCGCAGCAGGGGGAACCUUCAUGGAAAACACAUUUGAGGGGAUUGACGAAAAAUUUCUUGUGCAGGGCAGGAUACGAACCGUGCGUUCAGGAGGCACGCGAACAAUACAAAAAAUGGAUGGUGAACGAAGAACCUGACGCAGGAAACCCCGUCGCGAACGAAUUCUUAUGCCCGGUGUUCAAAUGGGGAACGAACGACGAGUGGGAAUUCGGUUUGAAACGUGUGAUAAACUUCCCCCAAAAUUGUUUAGAGCGUAAACAAUACGAGAGAACUUAUCUCCUGAAGACUCUGGCGGGUUGCCCGAAGGAUGCGUCAAAGAUUGAGAAGCUCCUCGUCGAAACGGUUCUUGGAACGAAUUCAAAUUUCACGGACGCCGACAUUCAUCUGAUCUUCAGUACCCUUACGGGAAGCGCGACUGGCUAUACAACCCUGUUCAACUUUUUGGCCGACUAUUGGGACAUGAUAAAACUGAAAUUCAAGGACAAGAAACACUUGUGGGAUGGCAUUGUAAACUCCGCUACUUCAUCAUUCAAUACUCAAGAGGGCUAUGACAUGGUAUCGGAAUUGUACGUGAGUCGUCAAGGGGAAUUCGAAACAGCGGAUACGAUUAUUGAAAAGGCUUUGAAGAGCAUACAAGAGGAAACUCAGUGGAGUGAGAAAAAUUUGCCAGUUAUCGAUGCCUGGCUCAAGGAGCAUCUUCCCAAAGAAGAUCUCGAUGCCAUUGAAGCCGCGAACGCAACAACUACGCCAACACCGCCGGCUCUGGCUGGGUGAUCAAAUUAACGAUUAAAAUUAUAUUUAUAACAAACUUGGAUAGAUUUUAUUGGAUUAAUUUUAAAACUCUUAAGUAUUCGAUAGCAUUUUUUUUUUUUUUUUAUUACAUUCUUGUACGAUAACAACCGUCAUGUUUUUUUUUAAACGCUGUGUCGUCAUCCCUGAAAAAAUUUCCCCACUGUAAAUUUAUAUUGGAAAUACGUUUUUCUUUAAUAUAUAACUCUAUGUAUACCGUGUGAUAAAUAUAUAAGGUAUGUUUAUACCGAA